GACACCUGCCCAGUAACCAGGUCCUCAGAGACACAGUUGGUAUGGAUCAGGAUUGCUGGCUGACAUCCAGUCUGUUCCUGUUGGUCCUGCAUGAAAAGGAGGUGUGGCCAGCAUUAGUGGGUGGGUCCUGCUGGAUUCAGUGUGUGUGUGUGUGUGUGUGUGUGUGAGGGAGUCUCAUAGUGUGUCUGUCUCUCAGCAUGGCCUGUCUCAUGGCUGCCUGGUCCGUCCACAAUCCCACCGUCACCAACGCCAUCAUAAUGAACACCAACGGGCCCCCGGACUUCAUGUUGGACCCCCGGACAGUGUGCGUUUGCAUGGAUGAGUUGGUAAACAAGCGGUGCGACAGCCGAGCCACGCCUACCCUGUACACUCAUGUGAAGAAGACGGUCAACAACCUCACAGAGGCACAGAAGUUCUCAUCGUUACCGAGAAGACCAUCGAUCAACAUUGAGUUCAAAGAUGUCUCCUACUCAGUGCGAGAGGGGCCCUGGUGGUGGAAGAAAGGUUACAAGACACUGCUCAGGGGGGUUUCUGGUAAAUUCACCAGCGGGGACCUGGUGGCCAUCAUGGGUCCGUCUGGAGCCGGCAAGUCCACCCUGAUGAACAUCCUGGCUGGAUACAGACAGACGGGGAUGAAGGGGCAGAUCCUGGUCAACAGUCAGCACAGACACCUGCGUUCCUUCAGAAAGGUUUCCUGUUACAUCAUGCAGGACGACAUGCUGCUGCCUCACCUCACUGUGCAGGAAGUUAUGAUGGUUUCAGCCAGUCUGAAGCUGCAGGAGAAGGUGGAGGCUCGCAGGGAGAUGGUACAGGAGAUCCUGAUGGCACUGGGUUUACUGGAAUGUGCAAAGACUCGAACAUCUCACCUAUCAGGAGGUCAGAGGAAGAGGCUGGCCAUUGCUUUGGAGCUGGUGAACAACCCUCCCGUCAUGUUCUUCGAUGAGCCCACCAGGACCGACACAGGAUUCACUGCUGCCAACAAACAGCCACAUUCUGCUCUGCAACUCGUCCAGCAAAGGUUCCCCUCAGAUGUGGUGUUUGCCGGGGAACUGGAAGUCCGGCCAUUGAACAUCAAAUCGACUUCAGAGUGUCGCCCUCAAAUGACGGGAUAUGUUCGUCCGCCACAGAACAACCGUGAAAACAAUGACGCUGAAAGGACCAGACUGUUCCCAGGUCCUCAGACAGGGCUGAGGGCCGCUUCCCCCGGAGUGCAGCUUCCUCCAACAGGCAGCACCAGGGUAAGAAUCCAACGUCCAGGUUCUACAGACCAGCACGGUAAAAGAAGAGCUUUGGCCGGCGGCACCACCUCUCCAUCAGGUCCAAUCCUGUCAGACUUCAACACGGUCCAAAACACCAGAUCCUGCCACCCAAAAUCUCACAUCCUGUUCCUGAAGACACAUAAAACAGCGAGCAGCACCAUCCUCAACAUCUUGUACCGCUACGGUGAAAGCAGGAACCUGACCUUUGCCUUGCCCCUGAACAAACAUAGCCAGCUGUUCUAUCCGUCUUUUUUCGCUCCACAUUUUGUGGAAGGCGUCAGCAGCGGACGCAUGAGGCAUUUCCACAUCAUGUGCAACCACAUGAGGUUCAUCAAAUCUGAGGUAGCCAAACUGAUGCCUGACAAUACCUUCUACUUUACCAUCCUGAGACAUCCUGUGGCAAUGAUGGAGUCCAUCUUCACCUAUUAUAAGAGCAUCCCGGCUUUCAGCGAAGCUCACAGCCUGGAGAGCUUCUUAAACAGCGCCUGGCAACACUAUAACUCAUCUGUCACCAACAGCCACUAUGCUCACAACCUUCUGGCUUUUGAUUUUGGCUUUGACAACAACAUUGCAGCUGAUGAUACAGAUCUUGAGGAGAGAGUCUAUGCAGCCAUUGCAGCAAUUGAACAGGAUUUCGAUCUGAUCCUUAUUUCUGAAUACUUUGAUGAGUCCAUGGUCUUGCUUAGACAUGCCCUCUGCUGGUCUCUGGAUGAUGUGGUUUCCUUUAAGCUCAACACCCGGAGUGAACAAACCCGACACCCACUUCAACCAGAUUCUAUAGACAAAAUCAAGAGAUGGAACACUUUGGAUUGGAAGCUCUACCAGCACUUCAAUACCUCCUUCUGGCACCAAGUGAGCACUGUGGUUGGGCAACAGGAGAUCGGGAAAGAAGUACGACAGCUGAGACAACUACGAGCCCACCUGGCAAGCAUGUGCCUGCAGGAUGGCGGGGCAGUCCAUCCGUCCCAGAUAAAAGACAUGGCUCUGAAGCCGUUCCAGUACGGAGCAGCUGUUAUUGAAGGUUACAACCUCAAGCCCGGUCUCGAUGGACCAACUAAAACUAAAUGUCAGCGACUUAUAACUCCAGAACUACAGUACACAAACAGACUGUACUCCCAGCAGUUCCCCGAGCUGGCAGCUAAACACGCACAAAGAAUGAAGAUAACAGCGGCAGCGCUCAGACGUAUGGAGAAGAACAAGCAAAAUCACAAAACCAACCAACCAAGAAGCUCCAGCAACAGUUCCACUACUAUGACUCAGCAGUACAUAUCAACAUGAGUUAACUAGCUAACUAACUAGGUGAUGCUGAUAUAAUUCAUGUCAAUAACUAAUUACGAGCCUUCUUGGUAUUGUUGAUGU